GAGGAAUGGCGAACCAGGCAGUGUCCUUCCUCUGUCUCUUCAGCCUCGUGUCGUUCGCCUGGUCAGAUGAAAGAUCGGAUGUGGUUCUCGAUGCCUGUGGACUACCGAGGAACUACUGGCCCGUUGGCCACUGCUUCAAUGACAGGACGCACCACACAUGCUGUCUUCUAGGACCCGAGGCACGGAAGUAUGCAGAUGCGAGUGGGAAUCCGAUCGGAACGGCAGCAUCCAAGGCGUUUCGGGCGAAACAUGGGGCUGACCCCAGCGACAAGGAUCUGACGCCAUGGUGCACCUGCUUCGGGAGCCUGGUCUGCAGCUACUAUGCUGACAAAUUCAACGAUGGGACCCAAGUAAAGUUCAUCUACGAGCCUGACAGCAACCCGCCCAAGGCCGCGUACAACCUUCCCUCAAACAAGAACUGCGAGGCUAAGGCAAGGGAGUACUUCAGUGUUCAGGCACACGGCACUCCGGGGGUGUCGCAGCCCCAUGGAUACUCGUCACUGUGCAGUCAAUAUGAUGUCGCUACCAACAUCAGAGACGUCCGAGAGCAGAUGAGAAACGAAACUCUUACCAGCAGGGAUGCAAAGCAGGAGGGAAGCUGCAUCGACGGCAAGUGCACAGAAAAGACGCUCAUUUCAUAAAUUUGCCAUUAAAACUUACAUCUUGA